CAACAUCAACCCCUCCAACACCAACAACAAAAAACAUCAGUUUUCAACAAAUCCUUGAGAUAGAGGUUCAAGCAUUUCUCCUGGAACUCUCUAGAACAGCGGCCCAUCAUGAAGUUAGAUACACGGGCAAUGCGCCACCUCGCCUCUGAGGAUUGGCGAGUUUUGACAGCAGUCGAAAUGGGAAGCAAGAACCACGAACUUGUACCAACAUCAUUGAUCGAAAAGAUUUCACGCCUUCGUGGUGGUGCCGGAAGCGUUCAUAAGAGUAUCUCAGCCCUCGCUAAAGUCGGUCUCAUUGCGCGUGUGAAGGAGGCAAAAUAUGAUGGAUAUCGACUCACGUAUGGUGGACUCGAUUACCUUGCACUUCACACCUAUGCCAAGAAAAAGGAUGUCUAUAGUGUAGGAGACAGAAUUGGUGUGGGUAAAGAGAGUGAUAUUAUGGUUGUGGCAGAUCAUAGCGGCACCCAACGAGUCCUCAAAAUCCAUCGACUGGGCCGAAUUUCUUUCCGAACCGUCAAAUCGAAUCGAGACUACCUUAAGAAUCGACAAUCUGGAUCAUGGAUGUAUCUUUCACGGCUCGCUGCCAUGAAAGAGUUUGCUUUCAUGAAGGCUCUACGUGAAGAAGGCUUCCCCGUCCCCGAGCCCAUCGCACAAUCACGGCACACAAUUGUCAUGUCGUUAAUAGACGCUUUCCCUCUCCGACAGAUAGCGGAGGUUCCUGAUCCGGCAUCUUUGUACGCUGAUCUCAUUGCCUUGAUCCUCCGACUCGCCAAACAAGGACUGAUUCAUGGUGAUUUCAAUGAAUUCAACAUCUUGAUCAAGGAGAACGUUACCAAAUCUGAGGAUGGAGAGGAGACCCUUACACUCGAGCCUGUCAUCAUUGACUUCCCCCAAAUGAUUUCCAUGGAACAUCAAAAUGCCGAGAUGUACUUUGAUCGAGACGUGAACUGCAUCAAGCGCUUCUUUGAGCGCAGAUUUCACUUUGUUCCAACAGAACCCGGCCCCUUUUUCAGGCAUGCGAAAAAGACAGUGGGGAAGGAUGGCGUGAAACGACUCGACGCUACAGUAGAGGCUUCUGGCUUUACAAAGAGGAUGUUGAAAGAUCUUGAGGCUGCUAUCAAGGAGAAGGGGGAUCAAACGGCUCAACACAGUGGGGACGAAGACGAUGAAGAUGAAGAUGACGACAAUGACGAAGAUGAAGAAAGUGAAAACAGUGAUGCAGAUAACACAGAAUACCCUCAUGAUGGCCAGGUAUCAGGCGGUCUGCUUGGGGACGAUGCUAUGGCUUCGAAGGAGGAUAUGGUAGAGGAUAGUAUGUCAAAAUUGACAGUAUGAAUGAAAUACAAUGAUACCCAUA